CAUUAUGGGCAGAUUCAUUAUGGUCAUAACUCCAGGACUACCUUUCCUUGUAGUGUUAUAGCUUCCUCCUUGAAUGUUUCACACUUUGUCUUCUGCUCCUUCCCAUUUUUGUUCCAAAAACCAGCACUACCUCUGCGUUGCUAUGGUCACAAACCAGAGAUCACAGAUGAAGAACUGGAUGCUCGUUGGGUGAUGUUCUUCAACAAACCUGAUAUUGAUGACUGGGAACUCAGGAAAGGCAUUAACACCUUGGUUGAUGCAGACAUGGUUCCCGAACCAAAAAUUAUUGAUGCGGCUUUGAGGGCAUGCAGGCGGCUAAAUGACUUUGCUACCACAAUCCGCAUCUUGGAAAUGGUAAAGUAUAAAUCAGGCAGAUACAGGGAUAUAUAUCCAUACGUUAUCCAGGAACUUAGACCAACUUUGAAUGAAUUGGGCAUUUCAACUCCAGAAGAACUUGAAAUGGACAAAGUGUAAACUUAACAAUGGACUUCCCAUGAGUAUACUGUUAAGGUUCUGUGACUGUACAACAAUUACCUGGCUAUAGACAUUAUAAUUACUUAUUUGAAAUCACUGCUUCCUUUUAUUGAGUCCUGGAUAUGUAUUGUAAAGUUGACCUAAUAAAGAGGAAAUGGUUUGAAUUGA